UGAUUUCAUCAACUACAACUACUACAUUAUAAAUUUCCUGGUUAGAUAUUCUGCUCUUCAAUUUAUAGAAAUAAAUAAGUAAACAUUGUUUGUGAUUUCUCCGGUGAAGUGGUUUUGUAAAUUACUCAAAAGUCUUUACGGUAUUAUUCAGGUUAUCAAGAGCUUGCUUCAACAGUAAAGAUGUCUGUGCUGAAUCAAAGCGGAGAAGAGCAGGUUGAGUGUCCCCUAUGUAUGGAACCGUUGGAGGUCGAUGACCUUAACUUCUACCCAUGCACUUGCGGAUACCAGAUCUGUCGAUUCUGCUGGCACCGGAUCAGGACGGACGAGAACGGCCUGUGCCCGGCCUGCCGCAAGGCCUACCCGGAGGAUCCGGCCGACUUCAAGCCACUCUCACAGGAGGAGGUGGCGCGACUAAAAGCAGAAAAACGGCUCAAAGAUCAACAAAGGAAACAGAAAAUCACCGAAAAUAGGAAACAUUUAGCCAAUGUUCGUGUCGUGCAACGAAAUUUGGUCUUUGUUGUCGGUCUACCCGUCAGACUUGCUGAUGCAGAGACAUUGAAGAAACAUGAUUAUUUUGGAAAGUAUGGGAAAAUUCAUAAAGUUGUCAUCAAUCAAAGCACAUCCUAUGCAGGUUCACAGGGUCCGAGUGCAAGCGCGUAUGUAACGUAUCAGAAGCCGGACGACGCGUUGAGAGCCAUACAAGCAGUAAACAGCAUAGUGGUGGACGGACGCACCAUCAAAACAUCUUUAGGCACCACAAAGUAUUGUUCACAUUUCAUGAAAAAUCAGUCGUGUCCGAAAGGAGAUUGCAUGUAUUUACAUGAUUUUGGUGAUCCGGAAGCCAGCUUCACGAAAGAAGAAAUGCAGCAAGGCAAGCAUCAGGAAUACGAGAAAAAAUUGCACGACCAGUUGAUCAAUAGCACUUGUACGAAUACGGCCACAACUACGACCACCCUAAAUAGGAAACCGACGCCGUCGCCCCCAGCUGUUGCCAUUCCGACGUCUGCGCCCGUCAACAUACCCAACUCGGCACAGCCGCACGCGCAGGCGCAAUCUGUCAACAAAGAGGCGUGGCCCUCUCUCCAGACUGGCCUCACGCCUCCCAACAGUGAUUCGGCUCCAAUGUCAGUUCCGAUUCAAACGACGCAUCCAGCAUCGCAAUCGUAUCCUUCGCCUCCAAACAUUCAACAUAACACUAACAAUAAUAAAAACGAAACACGAAAAAAUAAUUCCAACACAUCAAAAAGCCACAAAAAGAGGCCACCGGCAUCAGAAGACAGAAAACCUAAAGAAAAUCACACAACACAUUGUAGUGAUCAAAGUCAGCCGCUAUGGGAACAAGAAAUAGAGUGUAAAGACAGCGUAUUAUUACAAACUAGCACAGUAUCCCAUGUCCCACCUGCAGAAACGUUAAGUGGUCAAAGAAGCCGAGCAGCUAAUCUUUUCGAACAGGAUAAUAAUUCAUUUUUCUCGUCAAAUACUUUCUCAAAAAUCAACAAUUGCACAUCAGGAACAGUGACAGAUUGGUCGGUGAACGGCGUGACAAAUAACAUGCCAGAUGUUCUGCCGCCGGUGCACUCUAGCGAAGACUGGCAAGCCGCGUUUGGAUUUCCAGCUGUACAACAGCAAUCUGAAGAAAUGUGUGGACGCGACGACGACCUUGGCUUCGAUCCUUUCCACGAAACACAGAAGGCGUUGGCUGAAAUGAUUGAAAAAGAAGAACAAACCCAUCAUCGCAUGUAUCAGCAGAAGCUGCUUACAACAAUGCAACACAAUCAAAGGAUCACAAACUGUUCGAAGCUGCUGGACGGACUUCGGGUGGCACCCCGCACUCGCCUCCCCCCUCCCGGCUUCACAUCCACUCCCAAUCACAUGAAUGCCUUCGGUCUGGGCAUUCCAAGAACAGGAACUAAGGUUUUACCUUUCAUGCAGCCUACUAUUUCAUUUCCACAACAUUCUGCUCCGCCAGGUAUUCCUUUUGCAGCUUGGGAUUGGUCAGCGCUGGACCCAGCUAUAGUAUCGACAGGUCAACACUGCGAAAUGUACACCAGUCCACCGCCACCCGGUUUCGCUAUUCGACAGACUUUAGACAAUUUAUAACAACUAUGGGAAGUUUGAGGAUCGGCAAGCCUGAUGUCAUGAUCAUUAUAAUUAUUAUAAUCUGGUACUCUACUGGUAAUCUUGAGAUUCACAAUAAAAUAUAGAUAAUUUAUUUCUCUUAUGGAUAGGCAUUUCAAUAUUUUGAUCGUAAAAUAUCUCUGAUUAUUAUUAUAUGUGAAAAUUAAAUAUACAGUUUAUUCUCUCCAAUUUUGUUUUUGUGUAUACUAUCUUAUUUAAGAUGAUGAUGAUGAUGAUAUUAAUAACAAAUCUUGAAUUAUAAUAUUCACAUACUUUUAUCACGAUAUUAUCUCUUAAAUCUACUUAAAAACGACUGAAAUUCGUGAAAAUUCAGAUUAUCAGACUAGUUAGUGUUGAAAUUUGGUCUCACCUACAAUACUAAAGAAAUUCGUUCAAUUCUCUUCCUAUAAAAAAGAUGCUAGUUAACUUUUCUCUUUUAAAAAUGGAGAAUACACUGGGCUUUAAGUUUAUUUUUUGUUGAAUGUUUAAAAUUGUUUAAUUUUUGUUGUAGGAAAAAAUAAUAUAAUAUAAACAUGUUCUAACUCAAAUGUCAAGAUAGAUUCUUUGACCCCGUGUUAAUCAGAUAUAGUAGUUGUUUCUGUUCUAAAUUGUUUAUUUCCUCAUAUAAUCUUGAAGCUGAAAAAUAAAUUUUACGGUAAGUGCUUUCAAUCCUUGUAGAUUUGUUGAUAAAAAUUACACGUGGAAUUUAUAAUCAAAGCAUUCUUUUUAAAUUCCUUCUACUUAUAGUAUUCAUUUUUUGUGCAAUAAAAUUUUAAAUCUUAACAACUCGUGAAUUUGUAGCAUAAAUUUAUUAAUAGUUUUUUCAGUGCAGAAAUUAGAUUGAUACUUUUUCUUGAGUACAUCAACUAUUUACCUACUCUCUAACUUGACAAUAUUUUAGAAAAAUCAGUAAUAAUUCUACAUUUUACGUGAACUAAUUUUAAUUUUUUAAAUCUUAUUUACACUAGUCUCUUGCGAAUUGGGUUACUAUUUUUCUCGUUUAUGCUGCUGCACCCGAAAACUAACAUGGUGAAUUGAAUGUGUGAUUGUCUUUGUAUCGUAUUCUUGUCAGUACUCUUGAUUAAACAAAAUAUCAAUCAAGACAUUUUUCCUAAAAUGAAUUUUAUCAAUUAAUACCUACAUUACACAGCAUAAUUUGCUAUAUUAUGACUUGUAUUUGAAUCUAUAAAUAAUGUUCCACAUUCAACAAGAUGAAUGAAUAUGAAUUUUUGUUAUAUGUGAAAUUAAUUUAUAUAAUACUUAUUCUCUUAAUUGGGGCUUCAUUGUACACAGUUGACUGAAAAAUUAAUUUAAUUGAAUUUAAAAUAAUUCAAGGACUCCCCACCAAUUAAAGCCUUACGGAAAUUAUUAAUUUUUAUUGUAGUCAGUAAUUUUGUAUCUGUCAAAUUUAUCAGUUCGGAAUUCAUCUCAAAUUGAAAGAUCUUUCUUCAAUAUCCACCCUCAAACAAUCUCAUAAUCACGUUGGGAUCGUCUUUGCUCAAGGUCCUAAAAACGAGUCAGGCCAGAGCUCUAGAGUCAUGUUGGCUGUUUUUGUAAUAGUUAUAGUCCAACUUCAAAUCUCCAACACCAAUAUUUCUUGCAAGAAUUUCCGAUUGGAGGUUAUUUAAUAUCUAUUGUCUAUUGAACAGAAGGAUAAAAAUAAUUCACUUAUCAAAAUAAAAUUAUUGUUCACCUUGUACGAAAAGAAUAUACAAACUAUUAAAUCUUCGCUUAUGAGCAAAACUUGACAUUAAUCCUGAAAAUAAGUAUUUAUAUUUCUCCUAUUCUUGAAUUGUCUUGAAUAAGACUAAUCACCAUUGUGGUUCCAUUAUACAUUACAUUAAACCAACUUACUAUGUAUUUGUGAUGAUGCUAUUAUAAACAUGGAAAUAUACUUUAUUAGGUGGAGUUAGGUCAAGAGUCCACUCUACCACUCAACCUUGAAAUAAUGUUUAUCUUCAAAACUGGAUUAUUGCAAUGGUAUAUGUGUAUAAAUGGAUUAUCUAAUUCAAGAUUGAAUUUGACCUGGCUUGUUUCAAUACUAGAUUUUUUAAAAUAGAAUUUCAUGGAUCAACAUAGUUAUCCAUUGACUUGAUAUUUCAAAAAUCAUUAAUUUUUCAUUCAACUGGUCACAGUGUAUACCUUUCCUUGAUAUUAUUUUAUUUUUAAUCGACAAAUAUUAAUAAUAUAGACGUUUUAUACAUUUAUUCAAGCAAGCAGCUUGGCUUGACAUCUUUCUCACCUGUUCAAGAUUAAUAAUUACAUGUUCUUUCUAUUCUGGUGUAGGGAUGUUCUUUUCUGUAUUUUCUAACAAUAAUUUAUUAUUUGGUGAAAAUGUUUCAUAACGAUAUCUCACAAAUGCUGUAUCCUAUUGUACAGUGUUGGUGUGAAGUUGUCGAACUUAUAUUCUAACUUUGAUAUCAUUUGAAUUGUGAUAUAUUUGUUAUUAUUUUUAAUUUUUGUUCAUUAUAUGAGGCUGCCUAUCCUCAGUAAUUAUGCAAACUUCUCUGUUGACAUAUUGUAAGAUGGAGUGAAACCGACAGUAUAUUAUAAUAUGCGGCAAUGUUGAAAAAUAAAUAAAAUGAUCGAUUAUGCGCUAUAUAACAAUGAAAAAA